AUGCCUUUGAGCCCGAGCAUCUCCUUCAGACGCAAGUCCAUGUCGGUGCAAUCCUGCCAAGGAAUUUAUCACGUGGAUAUUCCGGUGAAGGAUAUCGAGUCUACUGUCAAGGGUGCAGUAACCCGGAUGAGGGAUCACCAGAAGAUUCAGAUAGAUCGCUCGGAGUUGAAGACCUACUGGACCCAUGCUGCAUAUGGUGGCAUUUGGCCUGGGAUUGGCCCCUUUGGAGGACCCUUAUCGCCGGAGAGGUUCACCCAAUUCCGAUCGAUGGAAUCUUUUCAUCGCUACUCAGUGCCAGAAUUUUACCUUCGGGUGCUGGGCAACUAUGUGAAUCCGUUGUGCAGCGUUGUGGGGUGGAAUCCCUUUAUGCUGCGUGACCCGAGGGCUACUUUGUCCGAGCGUCUUGCCCUGAUGACGAAGGGCUUCAACGCAUGGUGCAAGUCGGAGGGAAUCGCGCCGUUUGGAUGGUUUAGGCACUACCAGCAUCCUAUUUGCGCUGCACUGUUGAUUGUCAAAGCUGGCGAGUUUCCAGAGCUGCGCAUCAAGGCGUAUGCUGGGAGGGUGCUGCUGGCAUAUCUCCAAUCGGUGGUGGCCAAUUUGGUGAAUUCGUUUUCAGCUAGUGAUGUGCCGGAGGAUUUGCUCUUGGUGCACGGGGUGCUUUCUGAAAUGUGCCAGUGGUUCAUUCUGGUGGAGCAAGCUGGGCGAUAUCUGAGUCAACUGCAAGCGGAUGCGUUCCAGGAGCUGGCCUGGUUCAUGCGAAGGGAGCGGUACAAUUGCCGUAAGUACCAUUGCUUUGUGGAUGAGGAUUGCAUAGGCUUUGUAAAAGGGCUCUGUCGACGUGUGCAUCGAAGGAUGCUGGAGUUGAGAGCCUGGCGCAACGAGCGCGUCGUCUUCGAACGCCCUCUGGGCUCUUCCGCGCCGCAGAUGCGCGGCGUGGCGGGGCCGAAAAUUCGAGUCAUCUUGAACACAGCGGCAGAUCCAGGCUUAGAUGCUUGGGCAGAACGGGCCAAGGAGCGCGUCGCAUGUAGCGAUGUGGAGUCCAUCCAGGACGACGAGGACGACGAGGACGACGAGGACGACGAGGAGGACGAGGAGGAGGAGGAGAGGAGGACGAGGCAGGAGGAGGCGGAGGAGGAGGAGAAGGAGGAGGAGGAGAAGGAGGAGAAGGAGGAGGACGAGGAGGUCGAGCUGACAGAAGCCCAGAAGAAGCUGCCCGAUGAGCUGAAGAAGCUCGUAGGUGCGGAGAAUGUGAGCAGCAACGUGAAGCUCAGGGGCUCCAGGUUGGGCAAAGGCACGGCCAUGUUGGUGGCCAAGCCGCGCAGCCUGCGCGAGGCUCUGCGCACCCUGGAGCUCUGUGCCAAGGCUGAUGUGGCGGUGCUGCCGCAAGGCGCCAAUACCUCUCUGACGGGUGGCUCUGUGCCGCGCGAUGACUGUGACCGGCCCUUCGUCAUCAUCAAUAUGCGGAAGGCCAAAAAGAUUCUUCCAGUGGGCUCAAGCCCAGAACUGGCGCUGUGUUUUGCGGGCGCAGGGAUCUAUCAGCUUCAAAGCGAGCUGCAGAAGCGAUCAAGAGAUUCCCACAGCGUGUUGGGGUCCAUCUUCCUGAACCCCUCGGUGGCUGCUGGAGUAUCCUAUGGAUCCGGUGGCACGCAGAUCCGGAAGGGUCCCGCCUUCACGGAGCGUGCUCUCUUUUGUCGCGUGAAGGCGGACGGCGAGGUCGAAUUGGUGGACACCCUGGGACUCAAGCUGAAAGGUGAGAAGGCCUUAGACUUCCUGGACUCCACAGAGACCUUGACGGAAGCGGAUUUGGAUCCAUCCUGUAAGUUGCCGGCCUCCUGGCCCCAGUAUCGGCAACUUCUAACGAAGCUGGAAGACAAGGUCUCCCGUUUCAAUGCGGACACCACUGGGGUGGACUGCAACCGCUCGGAGGGCAAGGUGCUCAUCUUGGCCACGCUGCACGACACCUUUCCCAUGCCCAAAGAAGUCAAGACUGUCUGGGCCUCCUGCAAAGACAUCACUUUGGCGCAUCAGUUGAAGCGCGAGGUCUGCAUCUCCUCCCCAGAGAAGAUGGCAAAAAGUUGUGAGUACAUCAACAAAGCCACCUAUGAUGCAGUCGACCAAAGUGGACGAAUCUUGAUCAAGAUGAUCGAGCUCUUGGGGAUGAUGAAUUUGGAACCACUGUGGAAUCUCAAGCUCUUCAUCGAAUCGGUUCCGGUGCCUUUUUCCACCAUCAUCUGCGACAAGUUCCUGUGGUGGUUCAAUAACAUCUUGCCCAAGUCCUUGCCCCCCGAGCUCCAAAAGUUGACGGAUGAGUUUGACCACCACAUGCUGAUGGAAUUCGCUGAAUACAGCGACGGAGAGAUCGAACACCUGAUGUCGCGGUUGAAGAAAUUUCAGUCUCAACAUCCAGAGACGGUACGGUUUCAUGUGUGCGAAGACCCUUGGAGUGCGCAACGUGCCAUGCUCUUUCGUUUCGCCGUGGCGCCAGCCUUCAGGACCUACUGCAUAGGUCUGGGGCAGCAAGGCCUGUCCAUUGACUACGCCUUGCCGAAGACUUUCACCAAGUAUCCCACCCUGCCAGAGGCCAAAUAUCCCAUGAUGCAUCGCUUGGUGUACUCCCAUUUUGGCUGCAAUGUCUAUCAUGAGGAUUUUGUCUUUGACAACAAGACCGACGUCCAUGAUGCCAAGAUGGCCAUCAAGAAGGCAGUGGAGGCAGUUGGUGGCAAACUGCCAGCAGAGCACGGCCACGGCACUGAGUACCAUGCGCCAAUGGACACGCAGAAGCGGUGGAUGAAGGCGGAUCCCAGCAACACCAUGAACCCUGGGGUCGGAGGCACAUCGUUCAAGAAGAACUAUCUUUAGUGUUCGAGGAGCUUCUGAGCAUCCAAAGUUCAUUGGGGAUUCAACCAAUCCAAUAAAUGGGUUGAUGAAUGGUGAUUUAGCCGACAAAAUGGAGGAGAUAAAAAUAAAACACAAUGGGGAUGUCGCAG